CCCGCCCACCUCCAAUGUUUUCGUCAUCACAUCCCUCCUGGUCGGCUGUGCGCGGGUUAAAAAUAACCCCAACCAACUCCUCUUCUGCUGGUUAACACUUCUCUCUGGGUCACUCGCUGCAUUCAGUGGUUUCACUGGCUGGCAGCAGGAAUAUGCGAAGAUGGCCACGGAUCUGGGCGAGCUGCUGGUGCCGUACAUGCCCACCAUACGGGUGCCGAGAUCAGGAGACAGAGUGUACAAGAGCGAGUGCGCCUUUUCCUAUGACUCUCCGGAAUCAGAAGGUGGGUUGUAUGUGUGUAUGAACACAUUCCUGGGCUUUGGAAGAGAACACGUGGAGAGACAUUACCGUAAAACUGGACAGAGCGUGUACAUGCACUUAAAACGUCAUGUGAAGGAGAAAGCCACAGGUGCUGCUGGGGGUGCCGUGCCAAGAAGACGGAAUGGAAAAGUAUUUUUAGAUUUAGAACUUAACCGUGACUUUAACGGGGAUGAUUUUGAAUAUGAAGACGAAGCCAAGCUUGUCAUAUUCCCAGACCACUAUGAGAUCCCUUUACCAAAUAUCGAGGAGUUGCCUGCCCUGGUGACAAUUGCUUGUGAUGCAAUACUUAACGCUGCUUCUGCAUAUAAAAAGCAAGAACAAGAUUCAUGGGAGGAGGAGCUUCAAGUGUCCAAGCAUGCCAGAAGCCUCAGACAACAAGAGAACGGGGUUCGGAUUCCUCCCAGUGGCUGGAAAUGUGCCAAGUGUGAAAUGCGAGAGAACCUGUGGCUGAACCUGACAGAUGGCUCGGUCCUCUGUGGGAAAUGGUUCUUCGAUGGAAGCGGCGGGAACGGACAUGCCCUCGAACACUACAAAGAAACCAAAUUCCCACUUGCAGUCAAGCUAGACACCAUCACCCCAGAUGGAGCAGAUGUUUACUCCUUCGAUGAAGAAGAGGCAGUACUUGACCCUCACAUAGCAGAACACUUGACACACUUCGGAAUAGACAUGCUAAAGAUGCAAAGGACGGAGAAUGGCCACCACACAGACAAUCAUGUGCAGCCUCGAGCCACUGAGUGGGAGGUGAUUCAGGAAUCAGGCCUUAAGCUGAAGGCAGUCUAUGGUUCAGGGUACACAGGCCUCAGAAACCUGGGCAACAGCUGCUACCUCAGCACCACUAUGCAAGUGCUCUUCAGUAUCCCUGAGUUCCAGAGAGCGUAUGUCGGUAAUCUACAGAGAAUAUUUGACUACUCGCCCCUUGAUCCUACUCAAGACUUCAGCACACAAAUGGCAAAACUGGGUCAUGGACUACUUUCAGGCCAGUAUUCCAAACCACCAAUCAAAUCAGAACUCAUUGAACAGGUGAUGAAAGAAGAGUACAAGCAGCAGCACAGAGGGAUUUCCCCCAGAAUGUUCAAGGCUCUGGUCAGCAAAGGCCACCCAGAGUUCUCCUCAAAUAGACAGCAAGAUGCCCAAGAAUUCUUUUUGCAUUUUAUCAACCUGGUAGAGAGGAACAGUUCUGGCUCAGAGAACCCCAGCGACGUGUUCCGCUUCAUCGUGGAGGAGCGUGUACAGUGCUGCCAGUCACAGAAAGUGCGUUACACUCAAAGAGUGGACUACCUUAUGCAGCUUCCUGUGCCCAUAGAGGCUGCCACCAACAGGGAAGAGCUCAUAGCAUAUGAGACUAAGCGGAAGGAUGCUGAAAAAAACUUACGGGCUCCUCCAGAUCCAGUGAGGGCCCGCAUUCCCUUCACUGCCUGUCUACAAGCCUUUAAUGAACCUGAGAAUGUUCUGGACUUCUGGAGUUCGGCACUGCAGGCCAAGUCGGCUGGAGUGAAAACUUCUCGUUUUACAACUUUCCCUGAAUACAUGGUUGUACAGCUCAAAAAAUUCACAUUUGGAGUGGACUGGGUUCCAAAAAAGUUAGAUGUUUCUGUAGACAUGCCUGACUUUAUGGACUUGAAUCGGUUCCGGGCUACAGGGCUCCAAGCAGGUGAAGAAGAGCUCCCUGACCUUACGCCUCCUAUUGUCAUUCCUGAGGACAUAAGAGACAGCUCAGUGAAUAAUUCUUUGGAAUCUCCCGAAAUAGAUGAGGCCUCUGUGAUGCAGUUGGCAGAAAUGGGCUUCCCUCUGGAGGCCUGCCGGAAGGCUGUGUACUACACUGGGAACAUGGGAGCUGAAAUGGCAUUUAACUGGAUCAUUGCUCACAUGGAGGAGCCAGACUUUGCUGAGCCUCUUGCGAUUCCUUCAUAUAUGGAGGCAGACCUGCCCAGUGCCAGCUUUCCUACUGUCAGCCCUCUGGAUAACCAGCCUCCUGAAGAAAGCAUCUCAAUCCUCACUUCCAUGGGCUUCCCCAGACAUCACACUAUUCGAGCGCUGAAGGCCACGAAUAAUAACCUGGAGCGGGCUUUAGAUUGGAUCUUUACUCACCCAGAGAGCGAGGAGGAGAGCGAGGCCAUGUCCGACAUGGUCGACACAGAGCCCAAUGAUACCAGUUUCUCAAAUGCCAACACGCACAGUGACUCCACGCUGUCCCCGGAGCAGGAAAUGUCUAGUCCACGUGUUCGAGACGGCCCUGGACGGUAUGAACUCUUUGCCUUCAUAAGUCACAUGGGAACAUCAACAAUGUCUGGUCAUUAUGUAUGCCAUAUCAAAAAGGAAGGAAGAUGGGUCAUUUACAAUGAUCAUAGAGUAUGUUUGUCAGAAAGUCCUCCAAAAGACUUGGGUUACAUUUACUUUUACCGGCGCCUGCCCAGCUGCUAGAUUUGGACCUUAGAGCGUAGAGCCUGCAAGGCACAGAAGAGGAGGAGGAUAUUUCUGACACUCCAGGAAACCAGGGAGGUGUUCACACUAUAGAGAAGGAGAGAAUGCACCUCAUACCAUGCAAAGACCUGCAAAGAAAAGGCUCAGCCAGUACAGGCACGGUCCCUUGGAGGGAAUGAAUGUGUUUAAUCAUCUGUUCAUUUGUUUAUUAUUGGUUUGCUGAGAGUAUAUUCUGUACUGGAGAUACAGAGCGAUGUGUGCCAUUUGAAAUAUACAGAUUAAUGUGCUAAUAUAUAUAUAAACACACAAAUUAGUUUACUCUUUCAAUACCUUGAAGUACUAUGCCAGUAUAUUUCAAGCGAUAGCUUCAAUUUGUGAAAAUGCAAACAUGAUUCUUCCUCAGUGUGGAAGUAUCGUUACUGCCAGCCCUGAUUUAUACCAAGUUCAAUUUAUGUUCUUGGAAUUACAUUUUGGAUGAGCACUGGAACACAUAACUGUGUUUAAAAAUAUAUUUGGAGGUUUACUGAACUUUAUGAAGUGAAGUGGAAUUUAGGUGACGUAAUAUUAUGCACAAAUACGCACAGACUGUUAAAGUAUUGGGCAAAGUAAAAAUGAAAUGUCAAGUUUAAAAGAAUCCGUGUGUGGGAGAAAGUUUGUUUUUGUAGGGAUUAAAUAUGCACUCUUACAGUAUAUUGAUCUUUUGGGGGGAAAAAAUAACUCCAGCAGAUUUAUGUUCUAUCUUGUCAAACUUCAGCACAACAGAAAUACAAUAACUACAUGAUUAUGUAGGUUUACACCUUUGGUCAGUGUUACAAGACAAGAAAGAUGUAGCAGUGAUUUGUUUUGUGCAAUAGUUAAGUGCUUUAUACUCAAUGCCUUGUCCAGGUUUACUGACUGCACAGGUUUGAUUCACCAUAGUGUUGUUCAUCUCAUUUUAUUCUCAAAGACAUUAACAGCCCAUUUUGUAUCCAAUAACUAAGCUAUAUAUAUAUAUAUAUAUAUAUAUAUAUAUAUAUAUAUAUAUAUAUAUAUAUAUAAAAUGUAUGUAUGUAUAAUACACACACACACAUAUAUACUGCAGUGACAAGUGGAUUCAACUUUCUAACAUCAUAUGCAGCGUCUUGCGUCUAACUUGGAUCUCAAUUUCUGUCACAUCCUUGGGUGAUGUGAAUGUGGAAUGUACUAUCUAUGGUGCUCAAUAAUACCAAAACGCUCACAAUUUUUGAUGUCUUCAUGUUCUUUCUACCCCCCCCCGGUUCCUCUCAGAAGCAUACAGUGAUAUUUAUGAAAAAAAAAAAUUCUCGUUUUAUCCCAACUACGCAUACAUUUGUUUUCUCUGGGACAUUACUAACAGAUAAACCAAUAUUUCUUUCUCUGCUCUGUUUUAUCAUAGGAGUUUUUGCUUCUCUUGCUUUCUGUUUCUAAUUGGAUCUUCAGAGUUAAAGCAUUCAUCAAAUGCUGUAUGGCUGCACUCAUCCUUUUUCUUUUUCAAAGUGUGAAAGGUGAUGCUUCGGACACCUCCUUCUUAAGCAGGCCUUCAUAUUAUCAGCUUGUGCACUACAAUCCAAAAUGUUACAAUCCAAAAGUUAGCCAUUCAAUAUUUUGAAAUGUAUAGUAGAUCUUAUGUGUUUCAUCUAUUUCAUGUUUUUCAAGGAACUGAAUGUCAAGUGGUACAAAGUUUUUAUUUUAUUUUUUCUUCUUUUUGCAAAUGUGUGUGCCAACCCUAUGGUUAUGCAAAUUUACACAACGUUCUUUUGUAAUGGAUCUUCUUAUCCGAAUAUUGCUUACAACAGAACAUUACGAGGGCAAAUGUGUUCAAGAGAACAGUCUGUCCAAUAACAUUAUUAACUGGAAUAUUAAAUAAAACCAAAAUCACA